AUGGAUCGUGCUCUCACGGCUGCUACCAGCAGUGCGGGGCCGAAUGCCGUGGCGGUCGAGAAUGGGGAGCGACAGCCCCUCCUCGGCAGCAAGUUGACGGCUCAGCAAAGGGAUCGAGAGAUUGUCCCACGUGGGGAGGAUGAGGAGGAGGGUGCAGAGGAUCGGCAACACGUGGAAGGAGGAGAAGAGGAGUGGAAGCUACCCCGGCACUUUGUCUGGAUCCAAUUCGGCAUCAUGUCCAACGUCUUCCUCUCAGGCUUCGACGGCACCAUCACCGCCUCUACCUAUGCCGUCAUCAGCUCCGAGUUUGGCGCGACGAACACGGCCUCGUGGCUGACGACGUCGUACCUCGUCACCAACACGGCUUUUCAACCCCUAUAUGGCCGUGUCUCCGACAUUUUUGGCCGUCGCAUCUGCUUCUUCGUCGCGACCGUGGCCUUUGCCCUUGGCUGCCUGGGAUGCAGUCUAUCGAAUGACAUCAUCCUUCUCUACUGCAUGCGCGCUCUCACCGGCUUUGGUGGAGGCGGUCUGAUGACAAUGGCCACAAUCAUCAACUCGGACAUGAUCCCCUUUCGCAACAGGGGCAUGUAUCAGGCCCUCCAGAACUCAACGUACGGCCUUGGAGCCAUCUGCGGCGCAUCGCUUGGCGGCUCUAUUGCCGACUCCAUCGGCUGGAGGUGGUGUUUCCUUCUUCAGGUCCCAAUGUCUGCCUUUGCUCUGUUCCUCGGUUACACGGUCAUCAAGAACCCGUCUCACUCUCUCAUCGGAAGUAGCAAUGGCGGACAGUGGACCUGGCUCGACGCAUACAAGAAGGUGGACAUAUCGGGAUCGCUGCUUCUCGUCACUGGUAUUUCCAUCCAACUUCUCGGUCUGAGCCUCGGAGGCAACGAGCUGCCCUGGAGCAGCCCCUGGGUGGUUGGGUCUCUGGUCGGAAGCGUCAUCAUCUUGGUCACGUUCCUGAUAGUCGAGGUUACGACCAAGGCUGUCCCCAUCAUCCCGUUCCGCCUGCUGCGCGGAAAGGUUCCCAUCGCUACGCAGAUCUCCAAUGCCUGUGUUGGUCUCGCGGUCUAUGGCUACAUCUUUAUGCUUCCCCUAUUCUUCCAGGUUGUCCUGCUGGACUCUGCCACCAAGGCUGGGGUCCGUCUGGUUAUCCCCUCCAUUGCCACACCUAUUGGCGGGGUCAUUUCUGGUGUCGUCAUGUCGCGCUGGGGAAAGCUUCCCACUCUCGUCAGGACCGGCUGUUUCCUGAUGGCUGUGGGAAUCGGGCUCGUUGCUUCUUUGAGCUUUGUUGACUCCCACUGGAAGUACUUUACGUACAUCUUCGUGCCAAACCUGGGCCAGGGAAUCGUCUAUCCUGGUCUUCUCUUCACUUCUCUUGCCACCUUUGAGCACUCAGAGCACGCUGCGACUACCUCGACCGUGUAUCUCAUUCGAUCUUUGGGUACAGUCUGGGGUGUCUCUGUUACCUCGGCGAUUGUGCAAACCACGCUCAAUCUUCGACUUCCGGAUGCUCUGGACGGGGUACCUGAUAAAUGGAAGAUCAUCGACGCGGUGCGGCACUCGGUCGAAGAGCUCCGCAACCUCCCCCCUGACGUCCAGCUCAAGGCCCGGUUGGUCUACUACGACGGUUUUCGGUAUUCCUUCAUUGCCUCAUCGGCGGUCGCCUCGGUGGCCCUCGUCUCGGCGUUCUUCAUCAACGGAAAGAACCUCAGGACGACUGUUAGAAAAUGA